UACUAUAAUAUGUCUUGUUUGGGUGGCCUCUGUGGUAGUACUUGAGGUUUUUGACGCAAAGACUGUGAGAACCAGCUCAUUUUCUGAUGGGUGCUUUUGGGUUGUUUCUUUAGCUUUUGGUUCUGUUUUUUUUUGUGGUGGUGAGUUGAGUCCUCCAGAGUUAAAGUUCUCAUGUGAGUAGUCUUAAUGGCAGUGUCACUGUUCCACUGAAAUCUUUCUGAUUCUUGACGCAAAAAGAUUGGAAUGCUGGUGCAAGAUUUUCUAUGAUUUUUUCUGUCUCUUGUUUGUUUUGUGAGGUUUGCUUCUUCUUUGAUAUGGUUUUAAAGUUCUUGGUUUGGUUUUGCUGAUAUACCACCUCAAACUUGAAGUGGGUUUCUCUUAAUUUCACAUUAUUUCUUGUAACUUGUUAUUACUCUAUACAGCUUUGUAGAUUUGAAGUACGGGUCUUGGGUUCUUUUGGGCCUUUGUCUUUAUGUUUCCAACUUGAUAUUGGGCAUAUUUCUUCAUGUGGGGUUCUAGAGUCUCAACAUUAUACAACAUAAACAUGAUCUUCAGCUUUCAAUAUUUUACUAGAUUUCUGUGAUAUAUUCUGAUAGAUUCCUCAGAUUUCAGUUAAAAUCUUGUGGUGAUUUUGUUGUUGGUAGUUGAUGUUUAGUUGUUCAUUACUAUAAAUUAACUUCUAUGUUUGUGAUCUCUCUCUAAUUUAUUCCGAUACUGUGCAAAAUAAAGAGAGAUGCUUGUUGUCUACCGUUUUGGUGGUUUCUUCAACUGAUACCGAGAUGCUGUUUUCUGUUUCAGGUUUUUUUCAAACUUCAACGGUUGAAAAAAUCAUAUAUAAAGUUGAUAUUUUUCUUCUUUGUUUAUUUAUUUAUUUAUUUGUAUACGUUGGGUUUGGAACUUGAAGCUUUAAAGUCCACAAGAGGCCUUGGUGGUGUGAAUCCUUAAAAAAAUGGAAAACAAAGGAACAAAGUGAUCAGGAAGAGAAAAGAUAUAGUGGGGGGAGUGCGGUGGAGUCAGAUUUGUGCUUGUGGUGUCACUGGUUUGAGAAUUAUUUUAGUCUUAGGACUCUGUUGGCUAUGUCUCCUGGGCUGACUAGGUGCGCCCGGGCUCCGUGGGCUUUGCCGCCGACCAAGGAAACACCCUCUUCUUUGGCUCUCUUGGCAUUCAAGAGAACCUUUUCUUAAAAAAUUGCACAACCCCAUCUUGUGUUUCCCUUUAUCUCUUUCUCUCUCUUACUCAGACUCUUUGCCUCGGUUGCUGUCAAAGAUUCGCUCUCAUACCCCCACAAGCAUAUAUCCUUCCCCUCUUUGAGAUCCUUCCUUUCUUUCUUGGAGAUCAGGAACUUGGUUGCAUUCAGAAAUUCUGGUCCCCACACUUGGGGCUUUUUUCUUUCCAUUUCUGGGGAGAUUUCCUCGAUUGGGGGGUUUAUGAAUGUUCACUGAGGAUGUGCGGUUGUGUCUAUCACUAAUCGGUUGAGUGUUGGAGAAGGUUGGUUUGAAGUUAUAAGGGCUGAAGCUGAUCUUUUUGCUUUCAAAGAUGAAGUUCAUGAAACUUGGAUCGAAGCCAGAUUCCUUUCAGACUGAUGGGAACAAUGUCAGGUAUGUGUCAAGUGACUUGCCAACAGACAUUGUUCUUAUUGUAGGGGAUGUAAAUUUCUAUCUUCAUAAGUUUCCUCUACUGUCAAAGAGUGCCCGCCUGCAGAAGUUGGUUGCAACCACUAAUGAAGAGAACACGGAUGAAGUUCACAUUUCUGACAUUCCUGGUGGUCCUGCUGCCUUUGAGAUAUGUGCCAAGUUUUGUUAUGGCAUGACAGUCACCCUCAAUGCUUAUAAUGUUGUUGCGGCUCGAUGUGCAGCUGAGUACCUAGAAAUGCAUGAGACCAUGGAGAGAGGGAACCUCAUUUACAAGAUUGAUGUCUUUCUUAGCUCUAGUAUUUUCCGCAGCUGGAAAGACUCAAUCAUUGCCCUUCAGACUACGAAGUUUCUGUUACCAUUAUCUGAGGACUUGAAGGUGGUCAGCAAUUGCAUUGAAUCUAUAGCUACCAAGGCCUGUGUUGAUGUUUCCAAGGUUGACUGGUCCUAUACCUAUAACCGGAAGAAACUCCCAGAGGAAAAUGGGAAUGAUCUGAACUGCAAUGGUCUCAGAAAUCGUCUGGUGCCAAACGACUGGUGGGUUGAGGAUUUGUGCGAGCUUGAAAAUGAUCUAUAUAAGCGUGUUCUAAUGAAUAUUAAAAACAAAGGGAUAGUUUCUAAUGAUGUGAUUGGAGAAGCGUUGAAGGCGUAUGCUUAUAGAAGGUUGCCUGGAUUCAGUAAGGGUAUGAUUCAGUCUGGAGAUAUGGUAAAGCAUCGGUCAAUAGUAGAUUCUAUAGUGUGGUUGUUGCCUGCAGAGAAAGGCAGUGUCUCUUGUAGUUUCUUGCUCAAGUUGUUGAAAGCUUCCAUUUAUCUGGACUCGGGAGAGAUGGCUAAGGGCGGGCUGGUGAGGAGAAUAGGACAGCAACUGGAGGAGGCUUCUGUACAUGAUCUUUUGAUACGAGCACCAGAAGACGACACUGCAAUGUAUGAAGUUAGUACGGUACAGAAAAUAGUACAAGAGUUCCUAAUGCAAGAUCAGAAUGCUGAGAUUGAAUCACUAGAAAAAAGCCAUGAGCUUCUGGAGACAAGAAGGCCAGGGAUUUUAUCAGAUGCUUCAAAGCUGAUGGUGGCAAAACUGAUAGAUGGAUACCUUGCUGAAAUUUCCAAGGAUCCCAAUCUACCCUUAUCGAAUUUUGUUGAUCUUGCUGAGAUGGUGUCUGGUAUCUCUAGGCCUGCUCAUGACGGGCUUUAUCGCGCCAUUGACAUGUAUCUGAAGGAGCACCCGGGGAUCAGCAAAAGUGAGAGGAAAAGGAUAUGCAAGCUGAUGGACUGCAAGAAGCUAUCAGUUGAUGCAUGCAUGCAUGCCGUGCAAAAUGAGAGACUCCCAUUGCGUGUAGUUGUGCAGGUGCUCUUUUUCGAGCAGGUUAGGGCUGCUGCAUCAUCUGGCAGCAGCACGCCUGACCUACCCAAAGGCAUUAAGGAUCUAAAUGGUGGCUCUCAUGGGAGCUCAAGGUCAGCAACAACUAACACCGAGGAAGAAUGGGAUGCGGUAGCCACGGCUGAGGAGCUCAAGGCCCUAAAGGGGGAGCUAGCUGCUUUAAGGUUGGGCAAUGGAGUUGGAGGUAAUGAGAGAAAUGGAGAUGGUAAAAGUAACGUAGACAAAGCUGCCAUUAGCAAAAUGAAAGGGCUGCUUAAGUCAAAGAAGAUCUUUUCAAAGCUUUGGUCUAGCAAAGGGGGACAAGGUGAGAAUAGUGGCUCAGAUUCAUCUGAUAGUCUUGGUUCUGCAAACCCUGAAGAAGUUAAAUCAACACCUUCCAGAAAUAGGAGACAUUCAGUAUCUUAGAAAUGACAGAAUUAGUGUUGGUGGGUUCUUUUUGGUCUUUUUGCCUUCUUAAUGACAAUAGCAACUUCAAAAGUAGUGCUUAUCGUUUAAUUUAGCAAAAAUGAAGUGCAUAUAGUUUUUGGAUGAA